AUGACUUACCUGUUGAAGUGGGAGAGGAACGAUAUGGGAUGUGGAGACUACCUGAGGGCAGUAUUCAGUGCUGAGAAUGCUGAUGUCCAGCUGGCGAGGGAGGCGUUGGAAGCAUUUGCUUGGAGGCAUGAGGCGAGCAGUUAUCACAAUGCAGUACUUGGUCAAGCCUCCAGAUCCUUCAAGUAUGUCCACGACCCAAGUGCAACAAGGAACUUCAACCUCCCUGGGUAUAUCAAGUAUGAAUGA